CCUCCUCCUCUUCCUCCUCCUCCCCGGCUCCCUGCCUAGUCUCCAUAGAAAAGCGGCGCCGCCUCCCCGCCUCUCUCACUCCCCGCUCCUCUCCGCCGCGCGCUCCAGGAGAGGGCGGAGGGGAGGCGGCGCCGCGCCUGGAGGAGGGGGCGCAGGGGCGGAGCCGAGCCCGCACCUUCCCAGAUAAGCCUUUCUCCUGCCGCAGAGCAGACGAGAGGAGCCCAGCGGCCGGAGCAGGACACUUCGCUCAGGCGGAGGGCCGGCACGAUGGCGACCGUGGUGGUGGAAGCCGCCGAGCCUGAGCCGUCCGGCGGCAUGGCCAACCCGGCGGCGACCACCUCGCCCAGCCUGUCGCAUCGCUUCCUCGACACUAAGUUCUACUUGCUGGUGGUCGUCGGCGAGAUCGUGACCGAGGAGCACCUGCGACGCGCCAUCGGCAACAUCGAGCUCGGAAUCCGAUCAUGGGACACAAACCUCAUCGAAUGCAACUUGGAUCAAGAACUGAAACUUUUUGUCUCCAGACAUUCUGCGAGGUUCUCUCCUGAAGUGCCAGGACAAAAGAUCCUUCAUCACCGAAGUGACGUUUUAGAAACAGUGGUCCUGAUCAACCCUUCAGAUGAAGCGGUCAGCACCGAGGUGCGUUUGAUGAUCACUGACGCCGCCCGCCACAAGCUGCUCGUGCUCACGGGACAGUGCUUCGAAAACACCGGAGAGCUCAUUCUGCAGUCGGGCUCUUUCUCCUUCCAGAACUUCAUAGAGAUUUUCACCGAUCAAGAGAUUGGGGAAUUACUGAGCACGACCCAUCCUGCCAACAAAGCCAGCUUAACCCUGUUCUGUCCCGAAGAAGGGGACUGGAAGAACUCCAAUCUUGACAGACACAAUCUCCAAGACUUCAUCAAUAUUAAACUCAACUCAGCUUCUAUAUUGCCGGAAAUGGAAGGACUUUCCGAGUUUACGGAGUAUCUCUCGGAGUCAGUGGAAGUCCCAUCUCCCUUUGAUAUCCUAGAACCUCCCACAUCGGGUGGGUUCCUAAAGCUCUCUAAGCCUUGUUGUUACAUUUUUCCCGGAGGGAGGGGCGAUUCUGCGUUGUUCGCAGUGAAUGGAUUCAAUAUGCUCAUCAACGGAGGAUCAGAAAGGAAAUCCUGCUUCUGGAAGCUCAUCCGACACUUGGACAGAGUGGACUCCAUCCUGCUCACCCACAUUGGGGAUGACAAUUUGCCUGGAAUAAACAGCAUGCUACAGCGGAAAAUUGCAGAGCUCGAGGAAGAACAGUCCCAGGGCUCCACCACAAAUAGUGACUGGAUGAAAAACCUCAUCUCCCCUGACUUAGGAGUUGUAUUUCUCAAUGUACCCGAAAAUCUGAAAAACCCAGAGCCAAACAUCAAGAUGAAGAGAAGCACAGAAGAAGCUUGCUUCACUCUCCAGUACCUAAACAAAUUGUCCAUGAAGCCGGAGCCUCUAUUCAGAAGUGUUGGCAAUACCAUUGAUCCCGUCAUUCUUUUCCAAAAAAUGGGAGUUGGUAAACUUGAGAUGUACGUGCUUAACCCAGUCAAGAACAGCAAGGAAAUGCAGUAUUUUAUGCAGCAGUGGACCGGCACCAACAAAGACAAGGCUGAACUAACCCUGCCUAAUGGCCAAGAGAUAGAUAUCCCGAUUUCCUGCCUAACUUCAGUCUCCUCUUUGAUUGUCUGGCACCCAGCAAACCCUGCGGAGAAAAUCAUCCGUGUCCUGUUUCCAGGCAACAGUACCCAAUACAAUAUCCUGGAAGGACUGGAAAAGCUCAAACAUUUAGACUUCCUGAAACAGCCGCUGGCCACCCAGAAGGAUCUAACUGGCCAGGUGGCCACUCCUACUGUGAAACAAGUAAAGCUGAAACAGAGAGCCGACAGCCGAGAAAGUCUGAAGCCAGCCACAAAACCACUUCCCAGCAAAUCUGUGCGAAAGGAGUCUAAAGAAGAAACCCCUGAAGUCACAAAAGCCAAUCAUGUGGAAAAGCCACCCAAAGUUGAAAGCAAAGAAAAGGUAACAGUGAAAAAAGACAAGCCAGUGAAAACAGAGACCAAACCUCCAGUGGCCGAAAAGGAGGUACCCAGCAAAGAAGAAGUGCCUCCAGUGAAGGCCGAGGGGGCUGACAAGCAAGGCACAGAUGUCAAACCCAAAGUCGCCAAGGAGAAGACGGUGAAAAAGGAAACAAAGGCAAAACCUGAAGAAAAGAAAGAGGAGAAGGAAAAGCCAAAGAAAGAAGUCGCGAAAAAGGAGGACAAAACACCUGUCAAGAAGGAGGAAAAACCAAAAAAAGAAGAGGUGAAAAAGGAGGUGAAAAAGGAAGUCAAGAAAGAGGAGAAAAAAGAAGUCAAGAAAGAGGUUAAGAAGGAAACCCCCCUGAAGGAAGCCAAGAAGGAAGUUAAGAAGGAAGAAAAGAAGGAAAUUAAAAAGGAAGAAAAGGAGCCCAAAAAAGAAAUUAAGAAAGUUCCUAAAGAUUCAAAGAAAUCAACAACUCCUGUAUCCGAAGCAAAAAAACCAGCCGCAUUAAAACCAAAAGUACCGAAGAAGGAAGAGCCUGUCAAGAAAGAGUCUGUUGCUGCCGGGAAGCCAAAGGAGAAGGGGAAAGUUAAGGUCGUUAAGAAGGAGGGCAAGGCGGCAGAGGCUGCGGUGGCCGCUGUCGGCACUGUGGCCACCGCAGCAGCUGUGGCAGCAGCAGCUGGAAUAGCAACCACUGGUCCUGCCAAAGAGCUCGAAGCUGAGAGGUCCCUUAUGUCCUCCCCUGAGGAUCUGACCAAGGACUUUGAAGAGUUAAAGGCUGAAGAAGUCGACGUAGCAAGAGACAUGAAGCCUCAGCUGGAGCUGAUUGAAGACGAGGAGAAGCUGAAGGAGACCGAGCCAGUCGAAGCCUAUGUCAUCCAGAAAGAGACGGAAGUCAUCAAAGGUCCUGCUGAGUCCCCGGAUGAGGGCAUCACCACCACCGAAGGGGAGGGUGAAUGUGAGCAGACCCCCGAGGAGCUAGAGCCAGUCGAGAAGCAGGGGGUGGACGACAUCGAAAAAUUUGAAGACGAAGGAGCAGGUUUUGAAGAAUCCUCAGAGGCUGGAGACUACGAAGAGAAGGCAGAAACUGAGGAGGCUGAGGAGCCAGAAGAAGACGGUGAAGAAACCGUGUGCGUGAGCACCUCCAAGCACAGCCCCGUGGAGGAGGAGGAGGAAAGCACGAAGGCCGAGGCCGACGUGCACAUCAAGGAGAAGAGGGAGUCUGUGACCAGUGGUGAUGACCGAGCGGAAGAAGACAUGGACGAGGCAGUGGAGAAAGGAGAAGCUGAACAAUCUGAAGAGGAGGCUGAUGAGGAGGACAGAACCGAGGAUGCCAGAGAGGAAGAAUAUGAGCCUGAAAAAGUCGAAGCUGAAGAUUAUGUGAUGGCCGUGGUGGACAAGGCUGCGGAGGCUGGUGGUGCUGAGGAUCAGUAUGGAUUCCUGACCACCUCAGCCAAGCCACUGGGAGCCCAGUCUCCUGCCCGAGAACCUGCGUCUUCAAUUCACGAUGAGACUUUACCUGGAGGCUCGGAGAGUGAGGCCACCGCUUCCGAUGAGGAGAAUCGAGAAGACCAGCCUGAAGAAUUCACUGCCACCUCCGGCUACACUCAGUCUACCAUUGAGAUAUCCAGUGAGCCCACCCCAAUGGAUGAGAUGUCUACUCCUCGCGACGUGAUGAGUGAUGAGACCAACAAUGAAGAGACAGAGUCCCCAUCUCAAGAAUUUGUAAACAUCACCAAAUUUGAGUCUUCACUGUAUUCUCAGGAAUACUCCAAACCUGCUGUUACAUCACUCAAUGGAUUAUCCGAAGGGUCAAAAACAGAUGCCACUGACGGCAAGGAUUACAAUGCCUCAGCCUCCACCAUCUCACCACCCUCAUCCAUGGAGGAAGACAAAUUUAUCAAAUCAGCUCUCCGUGAUGCUUACUGCUCUGAAGAGCAAGACGUGAAAGCCAGUGCCACGUUGGAGAUCAAAGACACCGUCUCAGCAGUUUCAGAUGAAAAACUUAGUCCGUCCAAGAGCCCGUCGCUGAGUCCAUCUCCGCCGUCACCCAUAGAGAAGACUCCUCUGGGUGAACGCAGUGUGAACUUUUCUCUGACACCCAAUGAGAUUCAAGUCUCAGCAGAGGCGGAAGCAGUCCCAGUGUCUCCUGAAGUGACCCAAGAAGUAGUUGAAGAACAAUGUGCUAGCCCUGAGGAGAAGACCCUGGAAGUGGUGUCUCCAUCUCAGUCUGUGACUGGCAGUGCUGGCCACACACCUUACUACCAGUCUCCCACCGAGGAGAAAUCUAGUCACCUCCCCACAGAAGUCAUUGAAAAAGCACCAGCAGUUCCAGUGAGUUUUGAAUUCAGUGAAGCCAAAGAUGACAGUGAACGGGCUUCCAUAAGCCCCAUGGAUGAACCUGUGCCUGACUCGGAGUCUCCUAUUGAAAAAGUGUUGUCUCCCUUACGGAGCCCUCCCCUAAUUGGAUCCGAGUCUGCAUAUGACAGUUUCCUCAGUGCUGACGACAAGGCUCCUGUUAGAGGUCCUGAAAGCCCCUUUGAAGGAAAGAAUGGAAAACAAGACUUUCCAGACCAAAUAAGUCCAGUUUCAGAUACGACUUCCACUGGUCUUUUCCAAGACAAACAGGAAGGGAAAAGCACGGACUUUAUACCGAUCAAGGAAGACUUUGGUCAAGAAAAGAAAACUGACGAUAUUGAAGCCAUGAGUUCUCAAGCCGGACUGGCCUUCGAUGAAAGGAAGUUAGGAGGAGAUGUUUCUCCUUCACAAAUAGAUGUCAGUCAGUUUGGCUCUUUGAAGGAAGACACUAAGAUGUCCAUUUCCGAAGGCACUGUCUCAGACAAGUCAGCUACUCCUGUCGAUGAAGGGGUAGCGGAAGACACAUACUCCCAUAUGGAGGGCGUGGCCUCCGUCUCCACCGCCUCCGUGGCAACAAGCUCCUUUCCAGAGCCAACAACAGAUGACGUGUCUCCUUCCCUGCACGCUGAGGUGGGCUCCCCACAUUCCACGGAAGUGGACGACUCCCUGUCAGUGUCCGUCGUGCAGACGCCUACCACUUUCCAGGAAACGGAAAUGUCUCCGUCUAAAGAGGAGUGCCCAAGACCAAUGUCCAUUUCUCCACCGGACUUCUCCCCUAAAACAGCCAAAUCCAGGACACCAGUUCAAGACCACCGAUCUGAACAAUCUUCCAUGUCCAUUGAAUUUGGCCAAGAAUCCCCUGAGCAUUCCCUCGCCAUGGACUUCAGUCGUCAGUCUCCAGAUCAGCCUACGGUGGGUGCGGGUAUGCUUCACAUCACUGAGAAUGGGCCAACCGAGGUGGACUACAGUCCUUCUGACCUGCAGGACUCCAGUUUAUCACACAAGAUACCGCCAACGGAGGAGCCGUCCUACACCCAGGAUAACGACCUUUCGGAGCUCAUCUCAGUGUCUCAGGUCGAGGCCUCCCCAUCCACCUCUUCCGCACACACCCCUUCUCAGAUAGCUUCUCCUCUCCAAGAAGACACUCUAUCCGAUGUCGUUCCUCCCAGAGAUAUAUCCUUAUAUGCCUCGCUCACCUCUGAAAAAGUGCAAAGUCUGGAAGGAGAGAAGCUCUCCCCAAAAUCCGAUAUCUCUCCACUCACCCCAAGAGAGUCCUCUCCUUUAUACUCACCUAGUUUCUCAGAUUCUACCUCUGCAGUCAAAGAGAGCAUAGCAGCGUGCCACACUCCGUCUCCUCCGCCAACAGAUGCAGCAUCUGCAGAGCCCUACGGCUUCCGUGCCUCCAUGUUAUUUGAUACGAUGCAACACCAUCUGGCCUUGAGCAGAGAUUUGACCACAUCUGGCGUGGAGAAGGACAGUGGAGGGAAGACCCCUGGUGACUUCAGCUAUGCCUAUCAAAAGCCUGAGCAAACAACCAGGUCCCCAGAUGAAGAAGGUUACGACUAUGAGUCUUACGAGAAAACCGCCCGGACCCCAGAUGUGAGUGGCUAUUACUAUGAGAAGACAGAUAUAACCACAAAAUCUCCAAGUGACAGCAGCUACCCCUAUGAGACCAUUGAGAAAACCACCGAGAGUCCUGAAGAUGGUGGCUAUGCCUAUGAAAUUACUGGAAAGACCACACGGACCCCCGAAGAGGGUGGGUACUCCUAUGAGAUAAGUGAAAAGACGAUCAGGACCCCUGAAGUGAGUGGCUACAGCUAUGAAAAGACUGAGAGGUCUAGAAAGCUCCUGGAUGACAUCAGCAAUGGCUAUGAUGACUCCGAAAACGGUGGCCACACACUUGGGGAUUCCAGCUACUCUUAUGAGACCACAGAGAAAGUUGCCAGUUUCCCCGAGUCUGAAAGUUAUUCCUACGAGACAUCUACUGCCACUGCACGAUCCCCUGAUGCUCCCACGUACGGUUAUGAGACUGCAGAGAGAAUCCCUGGGACCCCCCAGGCGUCCGCAUACGCCUAUGAGACUUCAGACCAGUGCUACACGGCAGAAAAGAAGUCCCCCUCAGAGGCUCGCCAGGAUGUCGACUUGUGCCUAGUGUCCUCCUGUGAAUACAAGCACCCCAAGACAGAGCUGUCGCCCUCCUUCAUCAAUCCGAAUCCUCUCGAGUGGUUUGCCAGCGAAGAGCCGACGGAAGAAUCCGAGAAGCCCCUCACCCAGUCAGGGGCAGCCCCGCCGCCUCCAGGAGGAAAGCCGCAGGGGCGACAGUGUGAUGAAACCCCUCCCACCUCUGUCAGCGAGUCAGCCCCAUCCCAGACUGACUCCGAUGUGCCCCCGGAGACUGAAGAGUGCCCCUCCAUCACAGCCGAUGCAAAUAUCGACUCUGAAGAUGAAUCGGAAACCAUCCCCACAGACAAAACCGUCACGUACAAACACAUGGACCCCCCUCCGGCCCCCAUGCAGGACCGCAGCCCUUCUCCGCGCCACCCCGACGUGUCCAUGAUGGACCCGGAGGCCUUGGCCAUUGAGCAGAACCUGGGCAAAGCUCUGAAGAAAGACCUGAAAGAGAAGACCAAAACCAAAAAGCCAGGUACAAAGACCAAGUCGUCGUCACCUGUUAAGAAGGCCGAUGGGAAGUCCAAGCCCUCUGCGGCUUCGCCCAAGCCAGCCGGCUUGAAAGAGUCCUCAGACAAGGUGUCCAGGGUGGCUUCUCCCAAGAAGAAAGAAUCUGUGGAAAAAGCCACGAAAACCGCCCCGACUCCCGAGGUCAAAGCUGCACGUGGGGAAGAGAAAGACAAGGAGACGAAGAACGCCGCCAACACCUCCACGUCCAAGUCGGUGAAGACCGCGACAGCAGGACCAGGGACCACCAAGACGGCCAAGCCCUCCGCUGUGCCCCCAGGCCCCCCUGUGUACUUGGACCUGUGCUAUAUUCCCAACCACAGCAACAGUAAGAAUGUUGAUGUCGAGUUUUUCAAGAGAGUGAGGUCGUCCUACUACGUGGUGAGUGGGAAUGACCCCGCUGCCGAGGAGCCCAGCCGGGCUGUCCUGGAUGCCUUGUUGGAAGGGAAGGCCCAGUGGGGCAGCAACAUGCAGGUGACUUUGAUCCCUACUCAUGACUCAGAAGUGAUGCGGGAGUGGUACCAGGAGACCCACGAGAAGCAGCAGGACCUCAGCAUCAUGGUCCUGGCGAGCAGCAGCACGGUGGUGAUGCAGGACGAGUCCUUCCCUGCGUGCAAGAUUGAGCUGUAGACGCCGCGGCCAGCCACGCCACAGGAGCUGAACUUUGUUUCCAGAAAUUCUUCACUUUGAAACCACCUUUUCUAAAAAGUCAAUUCAUCUAAACAAGUCACUGAACUGUUACCUGCCAAACGCUAUACUGUAUCACGGUGAUGCAAGUCACUAAUAUUUCUCAGUUUUUGCUGAUUGCUAAGGGAAGUAACAGUAUUCCCACAAUAGGGUUCAAGUUACUGCAAAAUUACCUACCCCAGUUCAUCUCUGCCGAACAUUUGGAAACCAUGCACUAGCAAACCCAGCUGACUUCUGCUAGGUAGAGGCGUUUGUCUUAGAGAGAGAGUGAGAGAGAGAGCGCGCAAAGAAAGAGAUGCGGGGGGAGAGAGAGAGAGAGAGAGAGAGGGAAUGAGGAAGAAAAGGAAUGCGAGAGAAGGCGAUGGAAUGGUGGAGUGCUGGUGAGACACCCAGAGAGAGAGAGCAGGGUGCGGUAAGGGGGAGAAAACAGCCAACCACUGGUCUGCGUUUUCUCAGGCAGUGUGUGUUUUGGUCUACACAGGCAGAGGUUUCCACGUGUGUCAGUCUGAGUCCUCAAAAAGGAUCUUAAUUUUCUAAAACAAGUCGGCUGGAAGAAAACAAAAAGAACAAAACUCGUCAUGAGGGCAUGGGAGAUUUUCAUGCCUUAAUUAAGCUCCUUCUGUUUGAAGGCUGCACACUGACAUAACACAGUGAGUAGACUGGACAUGCAAGUGGUUUGAACCCCAUUCAGAACGCUCAGACUCUUCAGACACGCGAGUCGACUGGUCUAAGGCAUGCUCCCAGCACUUGCGCACCCAGGUAGUCCACUCGAGUCCAUUCACCUGCAUGCGGAAACACCCAAGUCCACCCCAAUUCACAAGCAAAUACCAAAGCAGUUGGGAGUACACACAGUGGACAGUUGCCUUAGGAAGUGACUUGAAUGUACAAAGAUACUUGAUGCACUUAUUUUUUAAUGUGAGACAGCAAGUUUAUAAAACAUCCGUGUAGGAUUGUAGAUACUCCAGUGGAAGGAGCAUGUGUGCGUGCGUGGGGGGCUAGAAGCUGAUCUGAUGGGCACAGCGCUUGCUAGGAUGCUGAGUCAUGGGUGUCGAAUGCUGAGUCAUGCGUGUCGAAUGCCGCCGCAGUGCACCCGCGGCCCCUCAGCCAAACCAGCGGAGCCUUUCGCAGCUUCUUCACUACUGCAAGUUCAAGACUGAAAGGGCGUCUACGAUCAGAACUGGGCAAACAGUGAAUCUUAGGGUGGACGAGGUUCUCGGCAAGUGUACAGAAUUUACCUUCCUGUGUCUUACAUUGGCUUUUUUUUUUAAAUCUUCCAUUAAUUUCAGCAUAAUUAUGGGAACAAGUGUACAGAAGAAUUUUUUUUUAGCUAUGUGAGAAUUUUCAUAGAUGAACUUUUUAACAAAUGUUUUCAUUUACAGGAAAAUGCAAAGAAAAUUUUCAAGUGACAGUCUUUUUUUUUUUAAGUGUUUCGUAAGACAAAAAAAAAGAAUACUGUUUUUUUGAAGUUCUGGUGAGAUUGAAGUCUGACAUUUGCAGUAAUAAUAUUUAUUAAAAGCCCAUAACUACCAGGAAUAGUGACACCUCCCACCCCUCGAUUCCCAUAACACGAAAUCUGAGUAUGCGCUGUUUGAGAGUGGGGCGAACGGCAUGGCAGGCUACUUUUCCAGGCCUUUGCAAGUCCAUCACCCAGGGGUGUCCUACAGACUUCUUGCAAGAUCUUCAGCCAUGAGGUGAAAGAGCCAAGACAAAGAACCACGUUCAAAGAACCUUAGCGAGAAUUUGCUUUGGGGUUUCCUUUUCUGGAAAAAAAACAAGAGAAAUAAUACAUUGAAAGCAAAUGAGUUCCCACCUCUUCCGGUUCCCCAUGUGGAGUUCAGAGAUCAUUUCCUGCAUUGUCACCGCUGAACGAGGAACCUGGGCAGCCAGGGCGUGAUUUAGACUCUCGCCGAGUGUGCAGUGCAGAUCCGCGUGCCGGCGUUCAGACGGGCACUCUUCCCGGUGGCAGCCACGCCGUGCUGUCACAUUGCAUUUCUUGCAGACUCUAAAUCUACGGAGUAGUGAACAACGACCUCAUUUUAUUUUCUAUGUUAGUUAUUUAUUUCAAAAUUAACGUUUUAGUUUAUUUUUGUCUGAUAAGUGUAUGUUUUGCACUGCUAACUACCAUGAGGGUUUAAACAACGCUUCUUCGGGGUCCCUUCACUGAGGACCUAUGUAGUCUACUUAAUGCUGUGAAUUACAUUUUUCAAAUGUUUAAUUUUUUAAAAGAAUUAAUAUUCUAUUUUUUCUUUUAGGCUUCUCUAGAAAUGCAGCUUUUAUUUAUUACCCCAUUUCUUUCAAGUAAGUCCUUAAAAACAACACAUUGAUUAAGGGUACAAAAAGUUAGCACACGAUGGAAAACUCAUUGUGACACAAAUGGAUUUCAGUGAGUAUAAACUGAUCUGCCUCAGAUUUAUUUUAUGAGACAACCUAAGAUAUUCAACAUAGUUAUUUAAUGAUUAGUUGUUAAGUUGGUCCACAUACUACAUGGGAAGAGAGACAGGUUUCCAGCCUUCUUGCCAAAUCCAGACCCCUGGCUGAUUUUUCUUUGAUAGAAGAUGGAAUUAUUGUCCAAUUUCCCAAAUUAAAUUUAUUUAACAUGUACAUUAUUUUGCUUUAAAAAAAUACAAAUGUUUUAGGAAAAUUAUAUCCAGUCUUCAAAUAUAACCAUUCUAUCCCACUCUUUUUUUUUUUUUCUUUUCUUUUCUUUUCUUUUUUGCUAUGGGAUUUAAUGGGAAAGAUAGACAAACCUGUCAGUGCUCAGCCGGCUUUCUUCCACUGAGACAGAGCAGCACCUUUCUCCAUCUGCUGUUCUCAGUGCCGAGCACAGAGCCUGAGUCUACCAGGAAAACCAACAUUUGCAGUACAGGUUGUUCCUGUGCUUCCAGACCCCUUUCCUACCUGUGUGACUAACCUAAUUUUGCUAGUUCCAUCAGUACACAAUUAGUUUGCCCACAGCAUCACAAUGGACCAUGAACAUUCAUGGUGAGACCUAGAGAUUGACACAGACUUCUAGGAGCUCAGUUCAUAUCGAUCACUUCAUCCAGUUGUAUAGAUUGAAUUUUGGAGUGGAAGGAGUUUACACUCUGUUUAACUGAUGGCAUUCCAUGGAGGUAGCACUCCUGGUCAUGACCUUUUUGGUAGUAUUCUUAAACAAAAUUCCAGAGACUAAAUGUUAGCGAUGAUCCUCCAUUUUCAAUUUUAACUAAUUCUAUCCCCUUUCUCAAAACCCAACCCCUGUGCAUGCUUUCUCAGUCUCGUGGUGGACUGGGUACAAUGACUGACUACCCCCCAAAUGCCAUUUUCCAUGGAGUUCAAAAAAUUUUUUUGUCUUAACCUUGCAUAUCAUAGUGAAUGGUUUCCCCAGUGUAUAUGAGUGUUUUAAGUGUCUCCAGUAGCUUACAGGGUUUAGGAGCUUUCCAAUACUCACGUCAUAAGAUUUAAUCAUUUGCUAAUGGAAAUGUUACCACCUUCCAUUUCCCCUUUAUUACCAAAUUCCGGCUCUCAGGAGCUGCUCCACAAUUCUGAAAUUGCUUUUCUUGAUUCUCUUUAGUUGCCUGUUCACAAGAGGUUCUUGCUCAGUAAUGAUAUUGUGAGUUAGAUUAAUAACUUUUUUUUGCGCUUCAGAUUUAGAAGAAAAGAUCCUGUUUCCAUUCGAAAGGAACUGUAAGCUUUGAUCUUUUAACCAACUGAACAACACACCAAAAGCAGCCCCGGGAUGAGCAUUUUUUGGAAAGCAAUUAGGUUACUCACCUGGUAUUAAAGCUGUUUACUACUAAGAAAAUAUCUGACUUUAAGUUAAAAGGCAGCAUCAAAAACUGAAAAGGGAAAAAAUAAAUAGCUUCUCUGUACUCGUUCGGAGCUCCCCGAAACAGGAGCCGUGGAGAGGAGGCGUCGAGACCCGGCUGCCCUUGGGGACCACCCUGUGCUCCAGAGGCGUGCUCGCUGCCCGAGCACUCAGCACCUCUCCCCCGGCCCUGGAAAGACGUGGUGGAGCCCGCGGAGCAGCACCUCCCACUCCUCUCUCUUGUUCUGAAUGGUGUUUGUGUCAGUCUGCAGCUGUGUAUGGUAUUAUGUCUUAUAAUCCUGCAUCACUUCUAGCCUAUCCAGUCAUAUCUAAUGUAGAAAAUUAGUUUCCAGUGAAAGUAAUAUGUAGUGCUUUUAUGAUAUUUGUGUGCAAUAUCCCCUCUUCCAUUGAGGAUAUUUGAUGUAAAAGAAAAAAAACUCAGUUCCACAAUAAAAUACAAAAGUGGCAAAAGCUAA